UUCAGUAUCGCUAGCUUGUCAGCCCAAACGGACCGCGUCUGCACUGUCCUGCAAUAAAAGGCAAUGAAGCGCUUCUUUGGCUGCUUCUGAGCGACCUCAUCGUUUAAACUUCGUUUCCCUCCUCCGUAAUGGUGAAUUAAAAUGGUCAUUGUCAAGGUUUACGUCGCUUCGUCAAGUGGAUCUCUGGCAGUGAAAAAGCAACAGCAGGCGGUGGUGGGUUUCCUGGAGGCCAACGGAAUCGAGUUCCAGCAAGUGGACAUCGCCAUGCUGGAGGAGCAGCGGCUGUGGAUGUACCGCCACAUCCCUUGCGACAAGCGGCCGCACGGAGGCAACCCGCUGCCCCCGCAGAUCUUCAGCGGCGAUCGCUACUGUGGGGACUAUGAGGACUUUUUCCGCUCGAAAGAAAAUAACAGCGUGUUUGCCUUCCUGGGCGUCGCCGCUCAAGAUUCUGACCAGCAGGAGUCUUAGAAGGCACAAAGGUGAAAACUCCUCCCGGCCGUGUGGAUGCCGAACGUGCACGGGACUCCUUCGAAAAGUUCUUGUACAUGUUGAUCGAGACUCCACCCCCCACCCAGAAAAGGGAGCGACUACAAUCAUGUCAUUUUUGGUCACCCUGCGUGCUCAGCAGCCAUGCACACUGCACCCGUUUCGAUUAGGUGUACCUAAUGUUGUGGCCACUAGCGUGCGUUUGAAUCGUCCAUUUUCGAUAUUUUCCAUGUGCUGUGCCAUCGUGUUAAAUGUACAUGAUUGUGAUUUUUAUGAUAUUUGUGGAGAGUGAUGUCACAUUGCAAAAUAAAGUUGAUGAAUUUUCUGCA